CAAGAGUAUUUUCUUUCUUGGGAUAUUUUGAAGAAUAUGGCUCCUAUUCCUAUUCCUAUUCCUCUCUUGGUUUUCUUCAUCAUCAUCACUACUCAUUCUCUCCUUUCAAUCUCAGCUCAUGAUAAAUGUCCACCAUUCUUUUGUGGGAAACUUGGCUCAAUUAGCUUUCCUUACAACAAUAAAACCAAUCCUGAAUGUGGAGUGUUUACUGUUGAUUGUUCAGAAGAAAACAAACCAAAGAUUCAACUAAAAGAAGAAGGACAUUGGUAUGCCAUUAAGAACAUCUCUCAAGCAAAUUCGAUUCUAAUUGAGGACACAACAUCAUUGCCUUCUUCGAAUUUCGCCAAUGAUUGUGAAACUAUCAAUAGUUUCGCUCUUCCCCGACGCAAUUCAUCGCUAUUCAGUUACAACUUAACAGCUGAGAAUUCACUAAAGUUUUACAAUUGCAGCCAUAGUGUUGGAUUGGAAGAUUUUGGUCAAAUUAAGUGCAGAGGCAGAGACAGAGACUAUGAUUUGUUCUUGUACAAAAACAUAAGUUCUCCAAUGGAACAACAAUGUCCAAUGAUUGAGCUUCCACUUCCAACAUCAAGACAUCAUCAACAUGAUCCAUUUUCGAUUCUUUUUACGUUUCAAGCUCAAAUAAGUUUUGAUUGUGCAAGUUGUCACUUCUUAAAAGGAGGGAAAUGCUACAACAAUGACCAAAAUCAGUUAGUGUGUUUAACUGAUGAAGGAGAUGAGAAGAAAAAGCCAAAGUUAGCACUAAGACUGGGACUUGGAUUAGGGUUAGGUUGUGGAAUUGUUUUGACCAUAAUUGGGUUGGGAAUCAUUAUGUGGCGCAGGAAACAAAAACAUGUUACAAAAACCAUGGCUGAUGAUCCUUAUAUGAAUAUAGAGGAUGUACAAGGAAGGACAAGUGGCUAUCUUGGGGGUGUUCUUGUCUUUUCUUACAAAGAUCUCACUCAAGCUACUAAUAACUUCCAUUCUAAAAGAGAACUUGGACAUGGAGGUUUUGGAACUGUUUACUAUGGCAAACUCAAAGAUAGGAGAGAAGUAGCAGUGAAGAGAUUCUAUGAGCACAACUACAAAAGAGUAGAACAAUUCAUGAACGAGAUAAAAAUCCUCACACUCUUGCGCCACAAAAACUUGGUAUCCCUCUAUGGCUGCACUUCACGCCGCAGCAGAGAACUCCUCCUUGUCUACGAGUACAUCCCCAAUGGCACAGUCGCCGACCAUCUCCACGGACACCAUGCAAAAACCAGCCCCUUAACAUGGCCAAUUCGCCUAAGCAUUGCCAUAGAAACCGCCAGCGCUUUGGCCUACCUACAUGCAUCAGACAUAGUCCACCGCGAUGUCAAGACCAACAACAUUCUCCUAGACAACAAUUUUAGUGUCAAAGUUGCGGAUUUUGGCCUAUCAAGGCUUUUUCCCAACGAUGUAACUCAUGUUUCAACCGCGCCACAGGGGACCCCUGGCUACGUUGAUCCAGAGUAUCAUCAGUGUUAUCAACUGACGAGUAAGAGCGAUGUUUAUAGUUUUGGAGUUGUUCUUGUUGAGCUCUUAUCAUCUAUGCCUGCUGUUGAUAUAACAAGACAUAGAGAUGAGAUCAACCUCUCUAACUUUGCUAUAUGCAAGAUUCAAAAAAGGGCUUAUAAUGAGUUGAUUGAUGACAACUUGGCUUUUGAGUGUUUACAACAAGAUAAGGAAAUGAGGCCUACAAUGGAUGAGGUUUUGGAGAGACUUAAGAGAAUUGAAAUUGAGAAUUAUGAGGUUGUUGGUGGAAAUAGUUCUUCUGAGUUGAUCAAUACGAGUAAUGUUGGAUUGUCAAAGAAUAUAAAACAUGAGCCAUUGCCAUCUCCCAAUGCUGUGAUUGAAAAUUGGCCUAGUACUAGUACGCCUACCACUCCUAAUUUCAGUGCCUAAAUUUAGUUCUUUUGCUAAAAUUUGAAUAGAAGUGUAUAAUUAGUCAUGUUUGGUUGAUUGUGCUGUUGAGAUUAAUGAUACAAUUACACUUAGUAAUAGCUACCAAACCAUAACCCAUGUAGAGUUUUGAUAAUUGGAUAAAUUCUAUUUUAGUGUAAAAGUAUCAUUGAUGCACUGGAUAGUUUGCCCUUCUAUUGUCUUUUUUUAACAGAA